CCUGACUUGGAUGUUACCCAUUUGUUUUGAUUUUUGGGAUAAUUGUGCAGCUGGUCAAGUUCACUUCAAGUUUAAAAGUCUAAGAACUGAAUGGUUUAUAGAACUGAUAUGCUUUUAAUGUCAUUAUAAUAUUUAACAUAGAAUGCAAAGCUUUCCACUACGUAUCUAUGCCCAUUCACAGGUGUUACUAAGAUUGAUCAAACCAAGUUUAAGAUUGAAAAAGAUAUGUCCAGCUCUAUAUCUCAGUGAUCCCAAAAUAAGUUCCACCAGAGACUUUUCCAAAGAGACUGGAAGUUCUAGUCGGGAAGAAAACAGUAAAACUGAGGCUGAAAAUGAAGACACCUCUUCUAACACUGGCGAAAGAGUAAAUGUAAAGGAACUCCUUCAGGGAGCUCAAGAAAUGGAGAUGCCAAGACAUCCUCACAAAUGUAGUGAUUAUGACAAAUUCUGUCUAGUAUAUUUAGGAAAAUAUCCUUCCAUGGCAGAGACUCCAGAUUUUGUCAAAGUGAACCAGAUAAGGCUUGCCCAAGAUUUGAUGAGAGUACGAUUUAAUAUUAUACUGAUGAUCAUGUUCUGUACAUAUUCGUUUGGAGUGGCAUUUUAUUUCAGCCGGCAGCAUCAUAAAAAAAUCAAAGAAUUUAGAGAUGGAAAUAAUUCCCAGAUAAUAUACUAUAAAAAAGUACAGGACUAGCAGUUGAUUGUUUAUAGUUAUUUUAAAUUUGAAAUUGUACCUAGAAAAACAAGGUGAUAACAAUCUUUUCAAUGAAAUCAUGUAUGUGCAAAAUCAUGAAAGAGCAGUAUAUUAUUGUUACAUAAAGUUGAGUGUGGUAGAUCAUGUUUGACUGUCAGUUUCCAUACUUAUAGUGACUGCGAAAAUUUUACUUUUUGUCUUUUCCCUAUAAAAAUAUAAAGUUGUCCAAAUCUUAAGCAGUUUGAAACUUUGGAUACUGAUCUGUGAGAAUUAAUUUAGCUGGGCUUUAUAAAUUCUGACGACAAAACAAAACUUGCAAUCAGCAUAUACUUUCCUGUAUUUUUACACUUGUUGAUUUUGAUGUUAUUUUUACAAUUAUAAAAUGAAAUAUGCAUUCAAGAAUAACUAAUUUAAAAGUAUAAAAAUAUGUAGCAAGCUAUAUGCUAAUGCUGAUGAGUUUUCUCCUAUAGUGUCAGAAUACAAAAGUUUUAUAAAUGAAGAAUUGAGUAUUUUGGGCAUUAUAAUAACAAGUUAUUUUAACCUAAUAUCAUAAAAUGUUCAGUGUCUGUGAUAAAAUACAAAAAAUGUCAGAAUAAAAGACAUUUCCCAUUCAUGAAUUUCAUAAUUUCAGUGAAACUUAUUGUAUGCCUUUUAAGCUCACCUGGCCCAAAUCCCUGACAUUUUCAGAUGAAUCUGACAACUGGUUGUUGGGUUGCUGGGUUGCUGCCCCUGAAUUGGAAAUCUUUAAGGAAUUUUGCUUUUUUUGGUUACUAUCUUGAAUAUUAUUAUAGAUAGAGAUAAACGGUAAACAGCAAUAAUGUUCCACAAAUAAGUCAACAUGACCAAAAAGGUCAGUUGAGUCCUUUUAAAGAAGUUAUUGCCCUUUAUAGUCUAUUUUUAAUAAUUUUGUAAAUUUUGUAAAUGUUUGUAAAUUUUUGUAAAUUUUAACAAAAUAUCUUCCUCUGUAACUAAUGGGCCAAGUUUUAUAUAAAUUGAGAUAAUUGUAAGAGGCAAGAAUGUUCAGUAAAGUAAGAUCUACAAACACAUCACCAUCACCAAACACAAUUUUGUCAUGAAUCCAUCUGUGUAAUUUUUUUAAUAUGCACUUAGACCAAGGUGAGCAAAACAGGCUCUUAAGAGCCUCUAGUUUCUAUGGUUGUAUGACAAAACCCAUUAUAAAAUGAGAUGCCAGGACAUAACUUUCAGCUUUAAAAAGAAACUUUCAAAAAAUUACCAAAUGACUGUACGUUAAUCUAAUUAAAACCAGACCCUAACAUUGCUCCAUUGUUGUUAUUGUUGAUCAGGAAGACAUCUUGUGAAAUUAAAAAGUUUAUACAUCACUUAUUUUUCCUUGCAAUGAUUUUUAUUUUUCAAAAAUAAAAUACAUGUGAUACCUUUUUUUUUUUUAUAUUAAAUGUAAGUUUUUAUAUUAACAGAUUGUUUAUUGGGAAAUGCAGUUAAAUUUUUAUUUAUUAAAAAUAAGAUGUCAUUUAAAAAUUAAUUGUUUUAUUGUUAAUAUGGAUUUGAUAUUGAAACUUAUACAUGUACUGAUAUAUAUGAAAUAAAAAUACUGAAUUGAUA